AUGGCCUCUUCUCCAACCUUCACCCUUCCCAUUUUUAUUUUUAUUUCCAUGUUAUUCUGCCCAGCACCGUCCGUCGCGUCUGGCCUCAAUGUCAGUGAGGUCAUGACGAAACAAACAGCCGCGGGGGCGGGGGACAGCCUGCACAUAACUGCCGGAAUCUUUUCGGAUCUAAAACUUGAUCUAGAAUUAGAAGCACGUUCGGCGUUCACACUGUUUAUUCCAGUGGACGCAGCCUUUACCGACCGGGUAAAUUCUCAGCUUCAUUCUAUAAGUGUAUCAUUUUUAUAUAUUUUGAUGAAGGCACAUGUCGUGAGACAGUACCUUCCUCCUGAUUUCCUCCGGGGAUUGAAUACAUUUUCCCCUCCCACCCUUGCAUGUGAAGCCAUGGGGCUUUCCUUGUACCAUCUUAACGUUUCGGUGGGUCAGACCUCUGCGGUGAUGAUAAGAAUGGGAGUUGUUGAAGCCGUAGUCAAGAACACGGUUUAUUUCAAAUCUCCCAUUGCCAUAUAUGCCAUCUCAAAGGUUUUAUUACCUAUUGAGAUGUUUGGCAGCGUUGAUGUUUCUCCCCAUCCUCCUCACCAUUCUCCUCCUCAUUCUCCUCCUCCUCCUCCCUGCUCAUGA